GACAAAUGUUUUUUUAUUAAAAAAACAAUAAUUCUCUAUUUUUUUAUCUAAUUGCUAUUUCAAUUCUCGACAAAAAAAUUUUCUUUUGAUCAUUCAAACAAAUUUUUAACAUUUUCUAUAUCGUCAUCAACAUGACUUUAAAGCGACCCUUCAAUGAUUUAAAUGAUGAUAGCCAUCAUCAACAGAAUAAUCAGGAAUCAUCAAUUUCGAAGACAUUUGAUUCACCAUCUAAACGUAAACGUAAUAAUGUUCAUUUAUUACAACAAUUUCCAGCCAAUUUAGUCAAGAUAAAUCCAUUCACAUCAAUGACUUCGCAUAUAAAUGAAGCAAAAUCUGUACAGAUAAUGGGCGCUUCGAUUUGUCAUCAAUGUAAAAUAAAUCAGGUUAUCAAUACAAAAAUGUGUGAUUUUUGUGAUCGUAUAUUAUGCCAUGAUUGUCAACAAUUAUGUCGUAAUUGUCAUCGAUAUUUUUGUAGCCUUUGUUCAAUUCGAACUUAUGAUUAUUCAAAUGAAUGUCUAAACGUUGCUAUCUGUUUCAAUUGUAAUCGUUAA